AUGUCCGAGCCCAUCGUCCGCGAGCUUCACGACCCGCCCGCCGAAGGGCAGCGAGUCCAGCAUCAGAAUGUCGUCUACACCACGGUCAAGGAGGGCCUUGCUCACAUCCUUGUUCCUGAAGCCUCGGCGAAUGGCCAGGGCGUGCAGCAAGUCUUUUACAACCCGAUUCAGCAGUUCAACCGAGACUUGACCGUCCUGGCGAUCAAGGCUUAUGGGAAGGAGCGUAUGCAGCAGAAACAGGCUGCCAGCCGAGCACGCGUUGGUAAAUUCGCCGAAAAGAAGCGGAAGCGGAAGGAACAAGCACAGAGUGAUCGGCCAGUAAAGUCACUAAAACUGUCCGACAAUGCCGUCCAAGAGUCGGCCAAUGCGCCAGGAGAUGCUGAGAUGACCGGCGCGGGGGAGGCAGUGGAAGUACCCGAGAAGCCAAUCGACGGCGAGCAGCCGACAGAAGCCGUGGGAGAAGUGCAAGCAGAAGCCCCGGCUGCAAACGAGGACGCUCCCAAAGAGGAAAAGGAUGUGGCACCGACAUUUACCGUUCUCGACGCUCUCUCAGCUAGCGGUCUACGCGCGCUCCGCUAUGCCCACGAAAUACCGUUUGUCACAAAGGUGACGGCGAACGACAUCCUCAAGUCAGCUGCUGAAGCCAUUGAGCGCAACGCAAGGCACAACAAGGUCGUCGACAAGGUCCACAUAUCCGUCGACGAUGCCUUAGCCCACAUGUACCAGAGGAUUGCGAACGAGCUGCGGCGCAUUGGCGUGACCAAGACCGGGCCGAGCGAGAAGUACGACGUGAUUGACCUCGAUCCGUACGGCACCGCUGCUCCCUUUCUCGAUGCGGCCGUUCAGGCGGUACGCGACGACGGCGGGCUGCUCUGUGUCACCUGCACCGACUCGGGCGUCUGGGCUUCCAACGGCUACCCGGAAAAGUGCUACGCCCUGUACGGCGGCGUGCCGCUGAAGGGCUGGUACUCCCACGAGGCCGGCCUGCGGCUCAUCCUGCACGCCAUCGAGACUUCGGCCGCCAAGUACGGCCUAGCGAUGGAGCCGCUUUUGUCACUUUCUGUGGACUUUUACAGCCGAGUCUUCGUUCGCAUCACGAGGUCUCCGUCCAUGGUCAAAUUCCAGGGCGGCAAGAACAUGAUGGUCUACAGCUGCGGCGGCGGUUGCGGCUCAUGGACAACGCAGCUCCUAAUGAAAAACAAGCCGGCCCCUAACAAGAAGGGUAGCGGCAUCUUUUACAAACACGGAUUCACCAAGGCCCCGACAGCGCCGCAAUCCUGCGAGCACUGCGGGUCUACCAUGCAUCUCGCCGGGCCCAUGUAUGCAGGGCGUAUCCAUUCGCCAGAGUUUGUCAAGAGCGUGAUAGCCGAGGCCGAGAACGCGUCGCCCGAGAUCUAUGGCACUCGGGAGAGGAUCCGUGGUGUCUUGCAGACGGCGCUGGAAGAGUUCCUGCCGUCUCCCGAGGAAAUGCAGGCCGAAGCGAGCGAGAACGGGGACGGCACCAAAAAAAUCAAGAAGAGCAAGACCGAGGCAGAACUGGCGGCUAUCGACCCGUACCCUUUCUUCUUCCACCCCGCUCAAGUGUCCGGCCUCCUGCACUGCGCCAGCCCGCCAGAAGCCGCGUUGAGAGGCGCGCUCAUUGGCUUGGGGUACCGCGUCACUCGCAGCCACUGCAAGCCGGGCAGCAUGAAGACGGAUGCGCCGUGGUCCGUCAUAUGGCACGUGUUCAGGGAAUGGGUGCGACAGAAAGCGCCCGUCAAAGAAGAGAAUAUUAAGGCCGGCAGCAUUGCGUACCGCCUCCUGGGGUUGGGAAAGAAGGACGAGGCAGCGUCUGCUGGGACAGGCCCGGCUGAAAACGGCAAGGAAGAAAACGCAGACAAGGUCCCGGAGGUCGUCUUCAAUGAAAAACUCGGUCGCAUCACGGACAAGACAAAACUUGUCCGAUACCAAAUGAAUCCAAGAGAGAAUUGGGGACCGAUGAACCGGGCCAAAGGGAAGUAA